AAUACGUUAGCAAACAAACAAAGUGUUGCUUAAGCCCUUAAUGUAUGAACGACCGCUAGGGGAUGUUUCUGUGACACGGGCGCUACUCAUCACAGCAAUAAAUUAUGUCUACUCUUUGACCGCUUUUCCAUACAAUCGAAUCGAGGGUCCGAUUUUAACAUUUGAAUAUCCUAGUACAAAUAUAGUAAACACAUUAAAAAAACCGUUCGCAUUUUUCGUAAGCUUAAUAAAUUAUUUGUAUCGUGAUUUAAAUAAAUUAGUUGAUUUGUUUAGUAAAUUCGGUGUGUGCUUGUAAUAGAUGCGUCGCAGGCUCGUGACUAGUACCCCAGUCAAUAUUACUUUGGAGUCUGGAGCGGUCGAGUGAGGACGUUCGCUGCCGAUCCCGUGCCUGACCAAUUCCUGAGUUUCAACUUUUGCUGAAUUCCUGAUCACCAUGUCUGAGCGCGACGGUUCUGCUGGUGGGAAAGCUGGGGGAAAGAUGGAGAAGAAGGCUGAGCGCCGAGGCAAGAAGAAGAGCAAAGUAGGGCUCGUGGUGGCCAUGGCUUCGGCCCCCGUACAAGACGUACAUGACGACGAGGAGACGGUACUGGUAGAGGAACUGUGCGCGAUUGUCGACAACGUCGAGGCGGAGGCUAAGAAGGCCGCCAACGGCUUGGGCAAGGCCGACGGCGACGGCAAUCCCGUGGGCGGCGAGUCCGGCGAGCCCGGCGGCAAGCCCGGGCCCGAGGGGCGCGCCAAGCGCGACGACGUGCCCGACGCCAUCCCCAUCGGCAAGGCGGCCGGCGACGCCGGGGCCCCCAAGCUGUAAACACAUGCACCAACAUGUGUUUCUAAAUGUCUCGAUGUAUUUUGUUUUAUGUGUGCUUUUCGGUCAUUUGGAUCAUUAUUGUGUAACGUCAAUUAACAUCGAAAUUUGAUUCAAAAUUCGUUUUAGUUGUAGGGUAACAGCUCAAGGUAUCCUGACAAGAUCGAUUUUUACUUGCCUACAUUAAUCUAUUGUUUAGUUCAAUUUUAUCAAAUUAUCGUCUAUUUAUAUUUUUACACUAUUUACAGGUCUUAACAAAAUAAAUUUUGAUAAAAUCGAUUUUAAAUUAGGUAUUCUAUUUUGGAAAUUGUAAUUUUGAUACAGUUUACUUUAGUUUAGUGUGAUUUCAUCUUCGAUUUGAUCUACUGGUACAGGAAUUUUCUAUUGAAAUGUUAUCUCUACUCUGUGAUAAAUGUUGUGAGAAAAAUAAAAAAAAUCAAACCA